UAUUUGCUGUGAGAGCUCGUGGGGGAGCGAGCUGUACAGCCCGUGCUGUGCUACUGAGAGUCGAGGUGUUGCAGAGUAACCAGUCUUUUCAUACCGCGAUCAACAAAGUUUGCACCACGACACUUUCUGCAAGCGAAGAACGACUACAUCAACAAGAUUUUUAUUUUACAACUUACCGCUCUUAUUUUUGAAAACGAGGACGGAAAUUAAGCCGAGUGAGAUACCAGCUGCAUUGAUUCCCGAAUAGUUCUGAACGAUGGACAGCAAUCUGGUGGAAAUAUAUAAGGAAGACAAGUGCCUGUCUGUUGUCUCCGAGGAGUGCUUGUUGAAUUCCACAUGGCAGCCCAGUUAUUCUGACAUAUAUAAUUUCACACCAAAUGGAAGUUGGGCGAACGAGCCCAUGUCGCCCAUUAUACCCAUUAUCACAGCGGUAUAUUCCGUGGUAUUUGUGGUGGGUUUGGUGGGCAACUGCCUUGUUAUGUAUGUUAUCAUCAGAUACACAAAGAUGAAGACUGCCACCAACAUCUACAUCUUCAACCUUGCUUUGGCAGAUGCCCUGGUCACCACCACCAUGCCUUUCCAGAGUACAGAUUACCUGCUCAACUCAUGGCCUUUUGGUGAAAUAGUCUGCAAGGUCUUCAUCUCCAUCGAUUACUACAACAUGUUCACCAGCAUUUUCACCCUGACCAUGAUGAGCGUGGACCGCUACAUUGCAGUCUGUCAUCCAGUCAAGGCCCUUGAUUUCCGCACUCCCAUAAAAGCCAAGAUUAUUAAUGUCUGUAUCUGGAUUCUCUCUUCUGCGGCUGGCAUACCAGCUUUGGUCCUUGGAAGCACUCAAACCAACAAUGGCACCACGGAAUGUGCCUUGCAGUUCCCAGAGCCAUACAUCUACUGGGACACCCUGAUGAAGAUCUGUGUAUUCGUUGUUGCCUUCAUCGUGCCUGUCCUCAUCAUCACAGUGUGCUACACCCUGAUGAUCCUGCGGCUCAAGAGUGUUCGGCUGCUGUCGGGGUCUCGGGAGAAAGACCGGAACCUGCGGCGGAUCACCAAGUUGGUCCUAGUGGUCGUGGCAGUAUUUGUGGUGUGCUGGACCCCCAUACACAUUUUCAUUUUGGUGAAGGCCCUCACCAAUGUUCCCGAGACCACUGCUGUGAUGGCAGCCUAUUUCUUUUGUGUUGCCCUGGGCUACACUAACAGCAGCCUCAACCCCAUCCUAUAUGCAUUCCUGGAUGAGAACUUCAAGAGGUGUUUCAAAGACUUCUGCCUCCCGUCAAAGCUGAAGGUGGACAGACAAGGCACCAACAGGGCAAGGAGCACUAUCCGUGAACCUGUUCACCCACAGGAAAACCAGGACCAAACUAGCAAGCCAGUAUGACUAGCCGUGGAGCUGUCCUCUUUUAGCCCCCAUGGACGAGAGGAUUCAAAUGACCUCGGCUUAACCCAAGUCACAUCAACAAUUUGAACGUAUUCAGAUGUAAAUAUACCCCAGUGUAUUGCACUUGUAGGAUGACAGAUAAAGGAUCAAUCCUUUAUGUUUGUCACUGUUGGGCCAGAAAAUUUCAAAUUAGGCCUACUCUUUUCAAAUGCUUUGUUUACAAAAAUCAAUUGGCUAUAAGAAACCUCACAUUGGUAAAGUGUUGUUCUUAGUGGAAUGGGGCCUGUGUGAGAAGUGUGAAUCCGUGAAUGUUCAACGAUCAAAGUUUCACGAGUGAAUUAAAGUGGCGCGCCAGUUUGGAAGGCUUUCUAGAAUAUAAAAUGCUGCACAAAAGGAUCUUUACUAAAUUACUGUACUCUUUAAUGAACUCAUUUUUUAAGUCCACAAGCAUUUGCUUUGAGUGACACCAGUUUUAUUUUGUUUAUUCAUAUACAUAAUCAGAUAUCACCAGAAAGUAAGCUUGAGAGAACCCAGACAAUUCACAGGAUAUACUGUAGUUUUGACUUAAAUCAUGAACAAAUCUUUAAAAGGCAAAUUUGGAAUUUAACACACACAGAUGUAUAUAUAAAAUUCCCCACCCCCACCCAGUCUGUUUAAAGACUGCACACAAACAUUCUGCAUUACAGUUGUACAUCUAAACAUUAUUAAAGAUAUGUGAAUACCCAAAAUUUUGAAAAAAAUGUAUUUAUACAUUUUAUGAUCUUUAUUGCAGAAAUAAAUGUCCAUUGAACCUUUUUGAAAAGAAAAAAGUAUACAUUAUUUUGUGCAGUUUCCAUUACACCUGUCUAGAUAUGAAUUUAUGAGUACAGCUGCACAGGGUAACCUCUAUUCUGUUUUGUUCUGUGAUUUCAUCAUCUAUUUCGUGCAAAGAUCUAUCCAGUUUAUUCAUUUACCUCAGUUUGGAAUGCACUAUCAUUAUUUUUUAAUGUGUUGAACUUAUGUCAUGCCGACUGUGUGCAAUGAUAUCAGAACAUAGGUCCAUUGUUAUUAUUAAUUGUUCAUUUAAAAUUAUUGGUGCUAUAUAUGUUAAUUAUUUUGUAAUUAAUAUAGACAAAUUAAAAAUUUCACCUUCAACAAUCAAUAUUUAGUUUGUAUCAUGCAGGUGCAUGAUUUGUCCUCCUACAGACAUGGCCUCCUCAUAACAUCCUGCAUUUUUAUAACAUUAACCUAUUCCUGGAGCAUCAAUGGCAUUUGGAUAAUUUUCUUUUGUUGAAUAUUGAAGUAUAAAAUACUCAGGGACAUCAAUUUGGAUUCAAAGUUUAGCAGCUUAUCUUCAUAUAGAUGCUGAUGAGAACAUUGCUUUCUCAAUUUAGGCUGAAUUUUCAAGGGGAGAAUUAGUAGUCCUGAAAAAAAUCUUUGUUUUGUUAUUUAUUUAUUUAUUUAUUUGGUUGUUUUGUUAGGAAGAACAGUUUUUCAGCUGUUUGUCAUUCCCUUAUCAUUAAAGUCCACAAGUGUGCUUUAUGUCCAGGAUUCAGUGCAAUAUUGGUGUUUACAAUCAAUAUUGGCAACAGUGGCAACAGAAUUCUAUAGAGCAUCCAAUUAUACCAAAAUUGUAUAUAAAUAUAAAAAAAUAUUGAAUAUCAUGAUUGUGUUCCAGUGUACAGUUAAAUGACUGCUUGUUGUAAAUGCUCUAAGAUAGGACAGAAGGUAAUGUUUCAAUUAUUUAGCACAGUGAUGUGAUGAUGCAUACAGAAAGAGUCAACAGCUUGUCUGGUCUAAAAUAUACUUGCCUGUGCUGCUUUUAAGUCAAAACGUAUGUGCGAAUCCUGGACUUGAAUGUUUAUUUGAAAUUUGGCAGAGGGCUUUACAUCAACAUUGACAAUUGUAUUAUACAGUCCAGUUGUUAAAUGUUGAUGAUAUACUAUCCAUAUAGUUGAGGAUUGUGGGGUGUUUUGUAUCAGCACAACUCACAGCUCACAUUUGGAUAUACUGUACAUAUGCAAAUAAUUCUGGAAUAGAAAUAUACAUGAUUAUAUAGGUAAUAUAAUGGACUGUUUUGAUUAUUUGAUUUUGCAUGUGAACAAAUGUAAAUGAUAACUAUAUGUAUAUCAUGAAAACAUAUACUAUAAUAUUCAAUAUUUAAAAUACAAAUAUACAGUAGAAGUGCCAAUUCUCUAACAUUUUCUCAAAUUAUUCUAGACACAGUGAAUACAUUCAAAAAAGAAUCAAAAAAAGGAUUGAAAUUCAUCAACAUGUAUUCUUAAUUUCUGUCAUUGUCUGAACAAACGUGUUGUUGAAACUCACAGCUGCUGUCCAAAAUGUUAUGUAUUUAUUUUGAGUCUUAGCAAAUAUAAUAAAUUAAUAUAUAGAUAGUCAGCAUAUAUAGCAUGUAUGUUGCAAUGAAACAUCUUUUAUUUUGCAGUAUCUCUGUCAGUUCAGUGUUAACAGAAAAACAACAUUAUCUGAUGAAAAGAAACAAAACUUUGGUUUAUGCAUAUUAAAAUGUUUCAAACUGAUACUAUAAAUGAAGAUGUGUACAUGUCCAUAGCUGACCUCGGUAUGUGUGGUAAAAUCUUUGGAAAAAUACACUUUGGCACUGUGUAAAAUGAGUAACCCAUGCUAGAACAGUGCUCCAAUUUCUUAUUGUAAAUAACAAAAUACUCUAAUAUGCACAAUAUUUACUUAAUUGUAAAACCUGUCAUGUAUUUUGCUUAUUAUUAAAAUGUAUGGACUGAAAA